AUGGCAGAACAUCAAACCGCCCUACCAAACGAGCUUUGGAUAAGAGUCCUCCAGAACCUGGAUGAUGAUGAGAGUAUCGCAGACUUGUGGACGACUGGCCGACAUGUCUGCACAACCUUCAAAGAUGCAACCGAGUCGAUCUUUCGCGAUAGGCAUCUGCCGAAGACGAGGUUUGAGUUUGAUCUAGGAAAUUUUACUGAGGGUCGGAGUGGUCGACCAUUACCGGACCCCACGCUCUCUGCCAACUUUGAGUUUGUAGAGCUAUCAGAGGACGGGCACACUGCUACGUUUCGACUUGAAGAUAAUGAUGGGCUGGAAGAAUUGAUCGCACCAACCAAAGAGCGAAUGCAGACAUACAUCGAGAACAUGGACAUUGGGGAUCCCAAACACUCAAUUCAGAUACGGCGAGAUGUCCUUGAUGGACCAAUUCCAAGCCUUUCCUUCGACAAGAACAUGUGUGAAUUGAGCUGCAAUUGGCGGGAUUUGUUUACGGCAUUCUAUGGGGAAGAAUCGCUGGCGAGGCGUUUGACCGAUAAAUGGCUCGAUGCCAAGGUGGCAUAUUUGGAGGAGCUCAAGAAGAAGAUGGCUCGGGGAGAGAUGGGCGCGGAGCGCAUCAUUUCAGCUGCUAUUCGGGAGAUUGGGAGUGGUGAGGAUAUCUGCCGGAGAAAUGCUCGAAGAGCCCGUAUAAGACAUCAAUUUCGGGAGCUCGAUGGUAGCAACUGGAACCCCGAGCGGGACGGCGACUCUGGGAAAGAGGGUGAUGCUCUCAAAAAGUUAAAAAUCCUGAAACAGUUGGCGUCAAAUGAGGAAUUCAGCGACGAGGAAUAUAGUGAUGAAUGGGAGGACGAUGACGAGGAUGAUGAAACCGACGAAGAAGGUAGCACGGAUGGUGAGUCGUAA